UCUGCUCCGUCUCUCUGGAGUGUGCCGCUCUUCUUCUUCUUCUUUUUCACUUUGUUAAAGUAAAAAUAAAAACUAGCAGCAGACGUUUUGAGAAGAAGUAAAGCCGUGAAGCUUCAGACAGUUUCCGCUCCUCAGCUCCACCAUGAUCCGCUGAUCCUCCUCCUCCUCCUCCCCCGUCCGUCCCGACCCCUGACGCCCCGAGCCGCCGGACCGGAGCCGCGGAAACCGGAUCGACCCCGGAGAGGAGCUCGCUGCUUGCUGUCGGUGAUCCGGAGGGACCCGCGGACAGAGAUGUAGCGUGUGUGUUGGUGUGAUCGGCGGACCAUCAUGCACCUCUUCUUGCUGCUGAUCCUUCAAGCUACAGCAGCCUUCGGACAGAUCGACCCAGCACACUGUCGCUAUGCCCUGGGCAUGGAGGACGGGCGGAUUAAGGACGAUGACAUCACGGCGUCCAGUCAGUGGUACGAGUCCACGGGGCCGCAGUACGCCAGGUUGAACCGUGAGGAGGGGGACGGAGCCUGGUGUCCUGAGGGACAGCUGGAGCCUUCAGACAGUCAGUACCUGCAGGUGGACCUGGGCCGGCUGAUCUUCCUGACGGUGGUCGGGACUCAGGGUCGCUACGCCCGCUACUCCGGGAACGAGUUCGCCCGCGCCUACCGCCUCAACUACAGCCGGGACGGCCAGCUGUGGAAGUCCUGGAGGAGCCGGCUGGGCAACACGGUGAUGGAGGGAAACAAGAACGCGUACACCUCCGUCAUCAACGACCUCCACCCGCCCGUCAUCACACGCCACGUCCGUCUGAUCCCCGUCACCACACUGUCCACCACCGUCUGCAUGAGGGUGGAGCUGUACGGCUGUCCCUGGGAGGAUGGCCUGAUCUCCUACAGUGCUCCUGAGGGUCAGAUCAUGAUGCCUCCUGGUUAUCCCAUCGCCAGCCUCAACGACUCCACGUACGACGGAGCUCACGAGAGGAGGAGGCUGUUUGGCGGGCUGGGUCAGCUGACGGACGGCGUGAUCGGCCUGGACGACUUCCUGCUGACGCGGCAGAACCACGUGUGGCCUGGAUACAACUACCUGGGCUGGAGGAACGACUCGCUGGGCAGCCCGGGAUACGUGGAGAUGGAGUUCAUCUUCGACCGGCAGAGGAACUUCACCUCCAUGAAGGUUCACAGUAACAACAUGUUCCCUCGCGGCGUGAAGAUCUUCUCCUCCGUGUCCUGCUGGUUUAAGCCCCGCCUCAUCGCCGGCUGGGAGGCGGAGCCUGUGACCUUCAAGACGGUGCUGGACGACAAGAACCCAAGCGCUCGCUACGUCACCGUGCCGCUGACCCGCCGCACCGCAAAAUCCAUCCGCUGCAGGUUCUUCUUCGCCGACGUCUGGAUGAUGUUCAGCGAGAUCUCCUUCCAGUCAGAGGACACCAUACUCCCGACCCUGAUGACCUUGGGGUCGACCCUCCCUCCUGUCAAGAAGGAGAGCACCAUGUCCACCACGCCUGUGACAGCAGCCAUCCCUUCAGCCAGCGACCAGCCUGACGACGGGAACACGCCCAUCCUGAUUGGCUGCCUGGUGACCAUCAUCCUGCUGCUGGUCAUCAUCAUCUUCCUCAUCCUCUGGUGUCAGUAUGUCUGCAAGGUGCUGGAGAAGGCUCCUCGUCGGAUCCUUGACGAGGAGGUGACAGUCCGGCUGUCGUCCUGCAGCGACACCAUCAUCCUCCAGACCCCCCCUGUGCCCCCCCGCUCCGGCCACGCCCCCACAGCCAACACUGACCCGCACUACGAGAGAGUCUUCCUGUUGGACCCGCAGUACCAGAACCCGGCGGUGCUGAGGAACAAGCUGCCGGAGCUGUCGCAGAGCGCCGAGGCCUCAGCGUGCGGCGGUGGUUACGCUGAGCCUGACGUCACCCAGUGCACACCCCACCAGUGUUUCCAUAGCAACGCGCCGCACUACGCCGAGACAGACAUCGUGCGUCUGCAGGGCGUCACCGGCAGCAACAUGUACGCCGUCCCCGCCCUCACCGUCGACUCGCUCACCAGGAAGGACAUCUCCGCCGCCGAGUUCCCACGGCAACAGCUCAUCUUCAGGGAGAAGCUGGGGGAGGGGCAGUUCGGAGAGGUCCACCUGUGUGAGGCUGAGGGGCUCCCGGAGUUCCUCGGGGAGGGCUCUCCUCUCCCGGACCGGGACGACCACUCGGUGCUGGUGGCUGUCAAACAGCUGCGGGCUGACGCCACCAGCCAGGCCAGGAACGACUUCCUGAAGGAGAUAAAGAUCAUGUCCCGUCUGAACGACCCCAACAUCAUCCGGCUGCUGUGUGUGUGUGUGUCGUCCGACCCGCUGUGCAUGGUGACGGAGUACAUGGAGAACGGAGACCUCAACAUGUUCCUGUCGCAGCGGGAGAUCGAGAGCACGCUGACGCACGCCAACAACAUCCCUUCAGUCAGUCUGUCCGACCUCCUGCACAUGUCGGUGCAGAUCUCGUCGGGGAUGAAGUAUCUGGCGUCUCUGAACUUCGUGCACCGCGACCUGGCCACCAGGAACUGCCUGCUGGACCGCCGCCUCACCAUCAAGAUCGCCGACUUCGGCAUGAGCCGGAACCUGUACAGCAGCGACUACUACCGCAUCCAGGGCCGCGCCGUGCUGCCCAUCAGGUGGAUGGCCUGGGAGAGCAUCCUGCUGGGUAAGUUCACCACGGCCAGUGACGUGUGGGCGUUCGGCGUCACGCUGUGGGAGAUCUUCACUCUGUGUAAGGAGCAGCCCUACAGCCUGCUGUCUGACGAACAGGUCAUAGAGAACACUGGCGAGUUCUUCAGGAACCAGGGCAGACAGAUCUUCCUCUACGCUCCUCCGCUCUGCCCUCCUUCUCUCUUCGAGCUGAUGAUGCGUUGUUGGGGCAGAGACAUCCCCGACCGGCCGUCCUUCGAGGGCCUCUACCGGGCCCUGAGGCCCCACGUCAACCAGUGAGCCAGAUCCUCCAUCAGACCCUCCAAACUCCUGACAGACGGAAGGACGACUGGAACCAGGAGAGAGUCUGUGAGCAGCAGAGAGAGUCAGGAGACGUUCAAAGGUUUCUUCUCGUCUCUUAGAUCUCUUUGACCAAAACGUCUCGUCGGACUUCUUCUUUUUAUUUUCUGUUGUUUUGGCGCCAAAGGUGCCCUUAACUUUCUUCUUCUUUUUCUUCUUUUCGGCUUUUUAAGGUGCCAAAAACUGGAUUCAGUGUUGGUAGUUCCUCCUGUCCCUGUGGUUUUUAUGAUUUUAUUAUUAUUAUUAUAAUUAUUAUUAUUGUAAAGCACUGUCUGUGUCUCUCAGUUAUUCCUAUAUUAACCCACACUGGAGCUAGGGUUAGGGUCAGAGUGUAGUGUAGUUUUUUAAGAUUUUUAUUCUAUUUUAUUUUUCUUGUUUUACAGCAUUUUUCUCUUAUUGUCUUAUUUUGUGGUUAUGAAUGUUUGAAAGCCAUCAGACAUUAUUAAAGAGAGAUGGAGGCACUUUGAGAACAGAUGAUUAAAAAUGUGUCAAGCCUUUUUGUUGCCAAAGAGAAAAGUGAUAAAACUAUUCAACGGUUAUGUUUAAUCCAGUAAAACUUCCCGUCUGUUAGUCGAUGGAAACUUGUAUUUAAAGUGCGUCUGCAGCCGGAGUCUCUGAGCAGGAAAUGUUUCAGUAUUUCAGUUUUCCCUUUGAGAAAAAUGUCUAAAAUGUAACAUCAGCAUCACAUCGACAGGACGAGGAGGAACAGGAUCAGUCUGAGUUCAUCCCAGGUUAAAAAAAUACAAUAAAGGAAACUUAAUUUCAAUAUACUUUAUAUCCUUGUGAUUAAUGUAGUAAACAUGUGUGUUCAUGUAAUAUCAUCUGUGCCACUAAAGACAAACUGAAGACAGACUAAAAUAGUAUUGAAUGCACUAUUUUUCAUCAUUAAGAUGCACUUAAAUAUAUGCCUUAAACAAUACACUUAAUUCCAGCUCUGUCUCAACUUGGACCUAUAUUCUAGUUAUAAUUUAAGUGCAUUUAAAAGUCAUGUAAAAUGUAUUUUAGAAGAGAAAGUUUCAGUAAAAAAAACUAUGAAAAAAUCUGUCUAAAAUUUAAAUAAGAAAUUUAUUCAGAAUGAGUGUAUAUUUGCAAUAAGCAAUACAGUUUAAACAUUGGCGUUUAUUUUACAGUUUUCAGUUGAAUAUGUGUAAAAAAAAAAAAAGAGCAAAUAAUCAGAUUCUGUUGUUUUUUUUCAGUGUCCAAGUUUAUUUGGUAUCUGCAUCUUAAUAGUGCCAUAAAAAAUCUUCAGUCAAGUUCAAUUCAUUUGUAUUUCUGGAAAUCUUUAGUGGUACUCGUGCAGUACUUUGUGGUACUCCAAAUGUGAAGAUUUGCUGUUUUUCUCUUUUUUAAGGUUCUAUUUGAUACAUUCUGUAUCUAGUAAUUUAGUAAUCUCUGAAAGAUUAUUAAUACAAUAAAUUUGACUAAAUUUUAAAAGAAGACAAUGUUAUAAAUGAAGCGACCCCGCAGCACAUAAAGUGAUUAAAAUCAGCCCAUAAUAUAAUAUAAUAUUUAUGCUGAAUUGGGACCAUUAUUCUGCACAAUGAAGACUUUUACAGAGUAUUUUUACUGAUGAUAUAUCAUUACUAAUUACAUUAAUACUUUAAAAAUACCACACUUUUACUACAUUAAUCAUGCGCACAUGGAAGUUUACUAAGGGCGCUUUCACAACCCAAAGUUUAGUUUGUUUCAAUUUAACUCUGGUUGUUAAAUCCUAGUUCUGGUUCCUUUGGUUGCUUGUGAAUGAUCCAAUCGUACUCUGGUGCAUACCAGAAUAACCGGUUCCAAAUGGACCCUGGUGCUGUUCGAUUCACUGUGAACGUUAUCCGACCACAAUCCAACCCGAUUAAAGGAAAUUAACCAAAACGCGGUGGAUUGUGGACGACACGGAUAAUAGCACAAAGAUGAAAUUCGUGUCCUUCAGUUUCACUCUUCGGGCUCCACUGAGCUAGAGCUAAUCUGUCAUUGCAGAAUGAUCAACAUAU